GUUUUCUAGUGGUUUUCUAUUUCGAUUUUCGUCGGAAUUCGAAUUUUCAGAAUUCAGAAAAGCUAUUGAAGUAGAUAUAAUAGCUGUUUUCGUUUUACCGUUUCUUUGUAAAUCUGAGUAAAUCAAAAAUAGAUAUUAAGAAAAUGAAGGAAGUUGAAUAUUCUAUUUUUCAUCAGGAAAACAUUAUUAUAGCAGAAUACAGGAUGCUCCAGACGGAAAAUUUGCCAGGAAUCUAUGUUAUACCCUCGUACGAAAAUUCAUUUUUAUGGUAUGGAGUCAUAUUUAUAAGAUCUGGAAUAUAUGGAGGAGGCAUAUUCAGGUUUAAGUUAAUACUACCUGAUAAAUUCCCAGACGAUGUUGUACCUAGUGUGGUUUUUACUUCACAAAUAUAUCAUCCAGCAAUUGAUGCUAACACUGGUGCUCUUGAACUCAAUGAAGUUUUUCCUCAUUGGGAUCGAAAACAAAACCAUAUAUGGCAAAUAUUGAAAUAUGUGAACUGGAUAUUUUUUAAUUUCAAUAUGAAAGUGCCAGCUAACAAUGAAGCAGCUACUUUGUAUAAAACAAACAGCAAAAUGUUUUUAGACAAAGUAAAAGAAUGUGUAGCACACAGCAUUGAACGUGUUUAUGAUGAGCCCCCUACAGAAGAUAAACAUUAUAUAACUUUCAAGCCUUAUGACCCAAAUGUACAUGACCCAGCUAAAAACCUUAUGAUGAAGGCACCCGGCUGUUCAGAGAGUUCCAUAGGUAUUUCAUGGGUUACUCCUGGAUCAUAUCAAUCAUUUUCAAAAGAAGAAGCGACAUGAUGCCCUACAGUUUUAUGAAAUCAAGAAAUUUAAUAUCAUCCCAAACUCAGCCAUAACAUUCAAACCUGUGAUAAAAGGACAAAUUAUUUUUAAUUAUUAUAAUAAAGAUAUGAUAACAUAAAAGUAUAAAACAA